UCUAUAAAGUAAACGACUAAACGGCUUUUUGCCCUCUCCCGGCUGCCGUCGCCGGUCCCGGCUGCAUGGGCUGCUCCAGUGAACGACAGCAGUCCGUCCCAUGGUCCGUCCACUUCAACGUUACAGUCAGCUAGCAGUCUCUGUAGCAAGUCACAAAAAUGGCGAACGUCGUGUUGGAGUUCAAGGCUUCUGCCGGUGACUCCGAGCCACAGAACCGCCCUGUGCUGAUUGUCGGACAGCAGGCCAUCCUGCAGCAAGUAAACUGGAGCCAAAUCAAAGGGAAACUGCAGCCAGUCGUGAGCAAAGAGACCUGGCAGGCAGCUCUUGGUGCUUUGAACCCAAACCCCACUGACAACUGCCCUCUGUACCUCAACCUUGCUACAGUGGCCGCACUCCCUUCACGGGUCAGCAGGCACAACAGCCCUUCUUCUGCCCACUUUCUGUCCCGUCUGGUCCGCUCCUGCCUGCCUGGAGGGAACAACCGCUGCAUUGUGAUGGUGUGUGAACGUUCGGAUGUGUUUGCCUCCUCCUGUGCCAUUGCCAGGGCCUUCCCCAUCUUCUCUCGCCGCUCCUCAUCCUCACGCAGGUCUGAGAAGAAGCACGUCACUGUGGAGUUUGUGAUCGUCGGGCAGGAGAACAGUCCUUUGGAUGUCUCAGAACUUAAGUGUCUCUCCAACGCUGCUGAUGGGGUGCGGCUGGCAGCUCGCAUUGUGGACACACCAUGCAAUGAGAUGAAUACAGAUCACUUCCUAGAUGAAGUCAAGGCUGUGGGAACUGAGCUUGGAAUUACUCCAGUGAUCAUUCGUGGUGAAGAACUGAAACAGAGAGGCUUUGGAGGUAUUUAUGGAGUUGGCAAGGCAGCAGAGCAUCUUCCUGCAUUAGCAGUCUUGAGCCACACACCAGAUGGUGCAACUCAAACCAUUGCAUGGGUGGGCAAGGGCAUCGUGUAUGACACUGGAGGACUCAGCAUCAAGGGAAAGACCACAAUGCCAGGGAUGAAGAGGGACUGUGGUGGAGCUGCUGCCAUUUUGGGAGCUUUCAAAGCAACCAUUAAACAGGGCUUUAAGGAUAACCUCCAUGCAGUGUUUUGCCUCGCAGAGAAUGCAGUCGGGCCCACAGCCACACGACCUGAUGAUAUCCACACUCUCUACUCUGGAAAGACAGUGGAGAUCAACAACACUGAUGCAGAGGGCAGGCUGGUGCUGGCUGAUGGAGUUGUGUAUGCCAGCAAAGAUCUGUCAGCUGAUAUAAUUCUGGACAUGGCCACACUGACUGGAGCACAGGGGAUCUCCACAGGGAAGUACCAUGCAGCUGUGAUGACCAACAGCGAGCAGUGGGAGGUCGCAUGUGUGCGCGCUGGCCGAAGCAGCGGAGAUCUUGCUCAUCCUCUGGUCUUCUGCCCGGAGCUGCACUUCAGCGAGUUCACCUCUGCUAUGGCUGACAUGAAGAACUCUGUGGCAGACCGGGAGAAUGCCCAGAGCUCCUGUGCUGGCCUCUUUAUUGGUUCCCACUUGGGCUUUGAUUGGCCUGGUGUUUGGGUCCAUGUUGAUAUCGCCUCUCCUGUUCAUGCUGGGGAGCGUGCCACUGGUUUUGGUGUUGCUUUGCUAAUGGCCCUGUUCGGUCAGGCAUCAGAUGACUCCUUGCUGAACAAAGUGUCUCCUCUGGGUGCUGCCACCAACACGUCUGAAGACCAGAUGGAGCGUGACUGCAAGAGGCGAAGGCUGGUGUAGAACAUCUCUAACGGUUCACUCCCCAACCGAACCGCUGCCACACACCACCACCUAAACUGUUGAAGCAAGAGCUUGUCCAGUUAGUUUAAACAUUUUUAAACUGUGAUUCAACUUCCUGUAUUUUGAUUGAAUUUGACUUCAGUGAAUAAAAAAGAUAAAUAUUGACAAAUCAGGUGUUAUACAUGAUUAUGAUGAAGCACAGCCCUCUUUAUCCUCAUGACUUAGCACUUCCUGCACUGAUCACCUCAGUUGCUUUACCUCAUAAAACAUAAACUUUUUUUUUUUUUCCCAAAAAUGUCCACAUCAUCAGUAGGCUUUGUUGUAUUCUGCAAAACCAGGUCAUUGCCAUACAUGUUGUCUUCAACUUUGUGAUAAUACUGGAUCACUUAAGCUAGUUUAUUUUACAGUAACCACUGCACUUUGUAUUCACCCCCUGUACAGUUGACUGUGUGAUCUCUGGACUAAACUGUGGAUCGAGAGCUUACAGCAGUGUUCAACAGUUUCACAGUGGUGUCAGAUGAGUAUUGUGACAGUUGAUGUUACAUAUGCUUUGUCAGCACAAAACACAUACAGGAUGUCAACUUCUAAUUUUAAGUGUUGGACAGAUUCAAACGCUAGUGUGAUGUUUGUCCACUCUUGUGACAAUCAAGUCGUUCAAUAAAGGCGGUGCCAUCUGA